AUGUCGAUAUUAGGGAAUGUCGAUUGGCAAAAACAGGGCAGUGAGGCCUUCACCUAUCUCAAGGGCCUCGGAAAUAAGGUCAAGCAGAUGGCAUUACAGCUCACAGAGGUCGAGAUAAAGGUUGAGGACGCUACCAAUAAUGAACCUUGGGGCCCCCACGGGAAGGAUAUGGCCGAAAUCACCAAGGCGUCCUAUGACAUUGAAAGCUACAAGCAAAUCAUGGGAGUACUGGCUCGGCGCCUGCAAGAUCAGGGGGAGGAAUGGCGGCAUGUGUACAAGUCACUGCUCCUGCUCGAAUACAUGGCAAAGCACGGUCCCCAGAAGGUGGUGGAGGAGCUGGUGUCCAACUUGGGAGUGAUUGAGAAGCUUACCUUCUUCGAGCACAAGGAUGCCAAUGGCAAGGACUGGGGCCUGAAUGUGCGCCAGAGGGCCAAGGAGCUUGUCGCUCUUGUGACUGACUCCGAUCGGAUGCGGGCUGAGCGCCAGAAGGCCAAGGCGAAUGAGACAAAGUUCACAGGAGUGUCUUCAGAGGAUAUGCGCAGCGGCGGCUUUGGCGCCAAGUCCUCGCUGGGGUAUGGCUCUUCAUCUGGAAGCCGGGGGACCCUGUCUGCUGGGGGGUCGUCCACCAAAUACCGCGCUGGCGGCGGCCUGGGCGGCUCCGGCUUUGGCUCUGAAAGCCGCGGCACCCUCUAUGAUGACUAUGAUGAGCCCACUCGCAGUGGGGACACCGAGAAGAAGGAUCCCAAGGAGGCGACGCGGGAGCGCAUAGAGCGGCUGAAGCGGGAGGGCGUCGUGGACCCCGAUGACCCUGGCGCCAUUCCCCCUGCCCGCGUCCCUGCCCUCAAGCCCGGCCGCAUCGCCGUCGCAGAGACCAAGGCGGAGGAGUCGCGCGGCCCCAAGAAGCUGUCGGACGUGAAGGUCAAUCCCAGCAUCGCUGCCUCGCUGGGCCAGCUCCCGGUCCCCGCUGCCAAGACCUCCAACGGCACAGCACCAGCCUCGCAGACCACUGCAGCCCCAUCCGCCACUGACCUGCUGCUUGAGCUGGACGCGCCUGCCACAGCACCAGCUGCAGCUGCGGAUGACAAUUCCUGGAAUGCGUUUGAGGGGCCCCAGCAGCCGGCAGCCGGCCAGGACUGGCUGUCGUUUGAGGGGCCGGCCUCCUCCAGCGUGGCCGCCGCCGGCAGCAGCGCUCCCUCGGCUGACCCCUUUGCGCAGCUCUCCGCACCGCCCGCUGCCGCAUCGGCUGGCGCGUUUGCAUCGGGCUCCUCAGGCCAGCUGGCAGAUCCCUUUACGGCGCCGCAGCUGCCACAGGGAGGGUCAAGCCGGGCAUCGUCAGCCUCCAAAGCACUGCCAGAGGACUUCUUUGGGAUGGGCCCGCCGCAGCCAGCGCCCAGCAUGGGCCUGGGCUUCUCACAGCAGCAGCCUCACCAGGGGAUGGCAGGGGGCCUGUCGCAGCCUCAGCAGGCAGGAUCUGGGUUUGGGGCGUUCGCGCAGCAACCUGCCCAGGGCUUUAGCAGCUUCCAGCAGCCAGCUGGGAACUCACCCACCUGGUCGCAGCAGCAGCAGCAGGGUUUUGGAGCGUUCCAGCAGCCCUCCAUGGGCUUCACUCCUACCUCAGGGAAUCUUGGUUUCGGUGCUUCCAGUCAGCCCAAGCCUGGAGGGCAGGUGAGCUACUCACCGCUGUACGCAAACUGA